UUUUAAACAUUGCUCUGAAGACACUACAUUUGGUGUAUCCUAGCCAGGACUGGGUGAUUCAAUAAACCUCAAGGACAAAGCCAACUGAGGAACAUCAAUGAGUCUUAGAUGGGGCAGAGAUUCUUCCCACAGUAGACUCUCCUGGUGAAUCAGCAAGCCUAAUAAACAUUAUCUUCUAAUUAGCAUAAAAGUCCACUGGUGGGUCCUGAGCCCUCAUAUAUUCUAACCCAGUUUUGAAAAGCAGCAUUUUGCAGCAUCUUCAAGCAUCUAAAACACAUUUAAAACAUUUGGAAUUUAUCGCUUACUGAUGGAAGCUAUAAACUCUAAGGCUAAUUGUGCCCAGAACCCAAAUUGUAAUAUAAUGAUAUUUUAUCCAACCAAAGAAGAGUUUAAUGAUUUUGAUAAAUACAUUGCUUCCAUAGAAGCCCAAGGUGCCCACCGAGCUGGCCUGGCUAAGAUAAUUCCACCCAAGGAAUGGAAAGCCAGGCAGACCUACAAUGAUAUCAGCGACAUCUUGAUAGCCGCUCCUCUCCAGCAGGUGGCCUCUGGGCGGGCAGGAGUGUUUAUUCAGUACCACAAAAAGAAGAAAGCUAUGACUGUAGGGGAGUAUCGCCGCUUGGCAAACAGCGGCAAAUAUCGGACUCCGCCGCACGUGGAUUUUGCGGAUUUGGAGCGAAAAUAUUGGAAAACCCGCCCCUACGAUUCGCCCAUCUAUGGCGCUGACGUCAGUGGCUCCCUGUUCGAUGCACACACCAAAGAGUGGAACCUUGGCCACCUGGGAACCGUUCAGGACUUGCUGGAGCAGGAGUGUGGAGUUGUCAUCGAAGGCGUCAACACACCCUACCUAUACUUCGGCAUGUGGAAGACCACCUUCGCUUGGCACACGGAGGACAUGGACCUUUACAGCAUCAACUACCUGCACUUCGGGGAGCCCAAAACUUGGUACGCGGUGCCCCCAGAGCACGGCCAGCGCCUGGAACGCCUGGCCAGGGAGCUUUUCCCCGGCAGUUCCCGGGGCUGUGAGGCCUUCCUGAGGCACAAGGUGGCUCUCAUCUCGCCCAGUGUCCUCAAGGAGAAUGGGAUCCCCUUCGGUCGCAUCACUCAGAAGGCUGGAGAGUUCAUGGUGACCUUUCCCUAUGGCUACCACGCUGGCUUCAAUCACGGCUUCAACUGCGCCGAGGCCAUCAAUUUUGCCACCCCGCGAUGGAUUGACUAUGGCAAAGUGGCCUCUCAGUGCAGCUGCGGGGAGGCCAGGGUCAGCUUCUCCAUGGACGCCUUUGUGCGCAUCCUGCAGCCCGAGCGCUAUGAGCUGUGGAAAAGCGGGAAGGACCGCACUGUUGUGGACCACGUGGAGCCCACGGCUCCGGGCAGCAGGGACCAGAGCACCUGGAGGAAGAGCCCGGCGGACGGCAGAGCCGCGCUGGGCCUGAGGCACCUGCAGCCGCGUCGGGCCCCGAGCAACCCUGGUGCGGGGGAAGCCGGCGGUGCGCCCGGCGGCCGCGGGGGCGAAACUGUGCUCCAGGCGUCCCUGCUGCUCUCGCUACCCCGGGGCUCUGCCUCUGCCGCCCAGUGCGCAGCUGCCUCGGCCGGCUGCUCCUCCGAGGCCGACCCGUCCUCGCCGCCAUUCCCGGGCCGAUCUGCCCGGGAUUUCCAGCCCACUGGCAGGUGUGGUCGUGGUCGUCGUCCUCGGGAACAGGGGUCUCAGGAGCCGAUUGUUCAGGCCCGGGCUAAGAGGCGCCGCUCAGUGGGCACAGAGCGCACUGCUCCCGACUCCGAGGCCCUGCCUGUGUCCGAGGACAAACCCUCGCUGGACAACCCUGCCCCUCUGAGCCUGGAGACUCUCCAUCCUGUCGUGGCUUCCGCAUCCUGCUUUGCUCCAGUCUCCUAAGCCUAGGGGACGCCCGCCUUGCUCCCCAGUGCUGUUUUGUGUGCAGAGUCAUUGAGACAUCUCAGAGCUUCAAGCAAGGUUUUAAGUCACUGGUCUAGCGUGGGACUUCCCUGGUUUUGCCGCAUCUGGACUGGCUUAGUUGGUGGUGUUUACCAAGUGCGUCCCAGUUUGUUCUUCCUCUCAGACCCUGGAAUGUCUUUGGAUGCUGCUAACUCCUGUGUCUGCAUCUGACGUUUUAUCCACUGAACACCCUUGUGUCUCUGUGAACCGUAUGAGUUCCACUGAGUUCACAGAAGCCUGAUCUACCCAAGACUCGCGUCCUCUGGGACAACUCUGGAUGUUGCCCAACUCUGGGCGUUGCUUCCGAUGAAUCCCGAGCUUUGGUUCCCCCUCCGAUCUCCCUCCCUUUUCCUCUUUCUCUCCCCCUCCCCAUUUUAGGCAAAACUAGGCCCUUUUGACCACUUAGGUCAGUAGAGGCUCAGAAAAUAAUUUAUGGUCUUUGAGUCAUCGAUGUGUUUAUAAUGUUAUCUAUUCCCAGUAUUUCCUAAAAAAUAUAUUAAAGGCAACUAAAAUUGGA